AGGAGAGGCUCUGAGAGGAGAGGCUUUAUCGUUUUACUGAACGUUGUCGUGAAUUUGGCCGCAUUCCUUGGCAGUAUUUCGAUCGAGUGCGAGUUUUCGCUGCGCCGGUGUAUGCGUGUAUGAUGUUGUGUGCGCUAUAGAGGGAGCGCUAGGAAGAGCGUGGUGUACUGAACCGAAUACCGUAGUCAGUACCGACGAGGAGUGUUGAUUCAAGGCGAGCGGAUCGCCGUGGGCGUCAUUGGCGACCAACACGUGCAUAUACGGAUUUGAGUGUGCGGGGCGUCGGUGUUGUGUUGUUGGCCGAUGCUUUAAGGGCUACGACUAAGACGACGACGACGACGAGUGCCGUGAUUUAACUAAUCAAUCGACUAUUAAUUAAUCAGCAAUUGAUGGUCGAUUGAUUGAUUGAUUCGGCACCUGCGUCGCUUACCGUUCACACAAUCAAACGAGCGUAGUAUAGAUAAACUCACACUCAGCUAAAAGCAGAAAGAGGGAGAGAGAGAGAGAGUGGUUGGUCUUAUGGCUCUCUGGCGUAGUGCUAGACUUGGGGCACAGCUGCAAAAGUCAUCAUCUGCGGCCUGUAAUCCGUUGAGUAGAACGUCGAUUGCGGCCUUUUCAUCCCGGUUAUUGAAUCAAACAAGCAGCCUUUUCUCAACUGCUCAGCCGCACCCAGAGGCAUCGGACUUGCAAACAAGGCUAAGGGAACUCAUUCCUGAGGAGCAGGCACGGCUCAAGGAAAUCAGAAAGAAAUAUGGCAAUGUUGUCCUCGGUGAAACAACUGUUGACAUGGCAAUUGGUGGAAUGCGAGGCAUCAAGGGUAUGAUCUGGGAGCCGUCUCUUCUCGAUGCAAAUGAGGGUAUUCGAUUCAGGGGGUUUUCUAUCCCAGAAUGUCAGAAGCUGCUGCCCAAGAUCAAACCGGAUGGCGAGCCCCUUCCAGAAGGCCUACUAUGGCUUCUCAUGACAGGAGAGGUACCGACGAUAGAGCAAGCUUUGGCUGUGUCGGAGGAGUUGAAGUCCCGUGCCAAAGUGCCAGGUCAUGUUGAGCGUGUGCUGAAUGCCCUGCCUAGCGGUACACAUCCGAUGACACAAUUCACGGCAGGGAUCAUGGCCCUCCAGACGGAAAGUGUAUUUGCUAAGGCGUAUGCAGGGGGCAUUCAUAAGAGCAGAUAUUGGGAGCCUUGCUACGAGGAUGCGAUGGACUGCAUUGCACGUGUGCCAGCCUUGGCAGCCAUGAUCUAUCGCAAGACGUUCAAGGAUGGAAAAGUGUUGCCUGGUGACAACAACCUGGACUAUUCUGGAAACUUUGCCCAUAUGAUGGGUUUUGAUGACCCCCAGUUUCAUGAGCUUAUGCGGCUGUAUAUUGUCAUUCACAGUGCGAAAUACAAAUUGGCACCUGUUGCAGGAGCCAUGAAUGAUAAGGAGGAUGGCAGGAGUUACUGGUCGGAGGGGGAAAUGGUGGGAAGUGCAUUGUCGGACCCUUACCUCUCAUUUGCGGCGGGAAUGAAUGGUCUUGCUGGACCACUACAUGGGCUGGCCAACCAGGAAUGUCUAAGGUGGCUUCGUCAUGUUGUUGAUGAGAUUGGGGUGGGUGCAAGCAAAGACGAGCUGCAACAGUUCGUGCAGGAUACCCUCAAGGCUGGAAAGGUUGUUCCAGGGUUUGGCCAUGCAGUUCUGAGGAAGACAGAUCCACGUUACACUUGCCAGCGGGAGUUUGCCCUGAAGCACCUUUCUGACAAUCCAAUGGUCAAACUGGUCUCCAAUGUCUAUGAGGUGGUUCCAGACGUCCUAUUGAAGACAGGGAAGGUCAAUAAUCCUUGGCCGAAUGUUGAUGCUCACAGCGGGGUGCUGCUGCAGCACUAUGGACUGACAGAAGAGAAUUUCUACACGGUGCUCUUUGGCGUUUCCCGCGCAAUGGGUGUUUUGACACAGCUUGUCUGGGAUCGGGCCCUCGGGCUGCCAAUCGAGCGGCCAAAGAGUUUGACUACAAAGGCGAUAGUGGAAUUUUGUGAGAAGAAAGCGUCUACAAUGGCUGCUGCUUGAGGAUGCUUUUCGAUUCAACUAUGUGCACAUGGAGGUGUGGUGUUCUUCUGUGCCUUGUAUCAUUAAGGAGGGACAUGGGCGCCAUUGCCAGUCCAUUGUCUGAUUUCUCCUGUCCAUGCGUAACCGCUGUGACGUAGCUUGUAUCCGACAAUGGUGGUUGCUCAGUACCAUUGUUUGUUUUCUUGGCUGACGUAAGGGUUUUCCAAAGGCAUAGGAGGAGAGGGUGUGUGAUGCAAGGAGAGGGUGUCUGAUUUCUCUGCUGUUUGCUUCGACUUCCCGAGUAGGAAAUUUCGCCUUAUCCUUUCCUCCACGUCGUUUGUAUGAUGUGGAAGGCACAAGGAAAACCCUCUGCUGUUCGCGUCGACUUCCCGAUUAGCUCUCUGAAGCUCUAUUGUCAGCUGCCAUUCGAACUCUGCCAGAGUCCCGGGUAGCCCAAGGUCUUCUUUGUUCUCUGUGAGCUUCGGAUCGGGCAGAGUUCUGGAUUUUCUCUAUUCGCUGAAACUCUCAGGUUCUGUAGGACGCUCCGGAUCCCAUUUGCAUUUACUCUGUUCUUCUUGAAAGUCCGUGUUCCAUUUCCUAUGUUCUUGAAAGUCUCAGAUAUCUUAGGUUCUUUAGAAAGUUCUCUGUUGUCGAGAACGAUGACAAAUGUGCAUUCCACACUAGAUGGUUGGCGGUGGGUGGAGACUCUGCAUCAUCCGCGGUAAGCUCUGCCACAUGGGAGCAAAAGGAAGCUGGCGGAUAAGCCCCUCCACGUGGGAGCAAAAGGAAGGAGGGUGGUGGUGGGUGUGUUCCUCACAACUUGUCCUCCAUGGCGGGCUGCAGUCUUGAAGUGGUAUGUAUCUUGGCUUCUUCUUUGAAAAAUGGUCCGCGACUGCAAUGCAGCAUUCUCGUUCAAUGCUGUUUUCAUCGAAGAUGCUGGAUUCAUCAAUGAGAAGUCGAAUGAUUUUCGUCGAACGGGAGGCAAAUGUGUUGAGCAUGCAUCGACUACUAUGUGGCACAUACUUGCAAUUGCAACCUCUGCUCCUUGAGCAACUGGCAGUGUGGAAAACUUACUCAGGUUCGCCCAUCGGAUAUGUUAGGAGCAUGGCACUGAAAAUCUCCAAUUUGAGCGCCCACCUCUCUUACCAGGGCAUGCUUGCUUGUGACUUGCAUCAAGAGUAUUGGUUGGUGUCCACUGUCCUCCCUGGCGCGAAUGGAUGGGUAUGGCACAGCGGGGAUGCAUGCAAUCAGCAUCGAGUCGAUCCAUCCUCAAUGGGAAGGGUACGAUGCUCUGUAGGGGGUAGGGUUUAGGGGGUGCCAAUAAUUUCUGCAGGGUCUACUCUGGAAGGCGACCUUUGUUUGGAAGGGUACCUCGGAGGGGAUGGUGUUUAGAGGUUGCCAAUAAUUUCUGCAGGCUCUACUCUGGGAGGUGACCCUUGUUUGAAAGAGGGUACAAUGCACUCGCCUCAGUUGUGUGUUGGGUGGCUGAACGGGGGGUUCUUGUGCAUUGCACUCUACUGACCGGUAGUUGAAACACUUGACUGUCGUGUGGCCUGACCUGUACUGCAACCUGCAUUCUUAACUGGAGAGCCUUUCAACAGUGUCUACUGUGGGAGGUGGCACUCGAUUGGAAGGGUACAAUGCGCUUGCUUAGUGUGUGUUGUGUUGGGCAGUUGAACGGGGGUUUCUUGUGAAUCGCACGGCUGACGGGAUGUGCCUUUCAACCUUGUCUAUUGUCUGUGACCUGACCUGUACUGCAACCUGCAUUCUUGACUGGGAGAGCCUUUCAAGGUUGUCUGUUGCCAUAGUGAUCCGGGGGCCUGAUUGUGAGUCUUCAAGUCGAACAGAGACGAAAGUCGGCCAUAGUGAUCCAGGGGCCCCGUGUGGAAGGGCUCUCGCUCGACGGAUCGAAGGUACGCCGGGGAUAACAAGCGGACGACUCCCAAGAGCUCAUAUUGACGGAGUCGUUUGGCACCUCCUCUCCAUCUGUCGCCUGACCUGUACUGCAACCUGCAUUCUUGACUGGAGAGCCUUUUGAGGUUGUCUGUUGCCUACCGUCUUCGUCUGACUAGAACGCGCGGUCAUUAUUGCAGCAUCUGGAGUGAAGUUGUGCCAAAUACAGCUAUAAUGGCCGGGCGUUCUAUCCGGUUUGUCCCUCCUCGUGUCUUCAUCGGGGACGGCUAUGGGCAGGAUGGAUCUUGCAGGAGGAAGGUCAGUUGUCUGCCAUUGCAGUUUUUCCUAGUAGUCUAUAAGUUCUGGGUCUGUGGUAGUGCAAGGGCCAUGGUGUCAACUCGCUUGCCUAAAGUCGCAUACAUAAGAAAAACAAACAACAGAACAAACAUAUACUUAGGGUACGGUGCUUAUGGUGUAUACAUGUGUCCGACACUAUGUAUAUAGUACUAUAUAUGUAUCUUAGUAAUAUCUAUAUAUAUAAAUGCAUAUGACACUGUGUGUGUAUACGUACUGUAUUCAUAUAUGUCGGUACUUUGCCCGAUGGUCGUCCCGAGGAAGUUGUCCCACCACGAAUGGAUGGGCCCCCACUACCUGUUGUGCGGCACCAGUAUGGUCACUGCAAAUGGCAUAGGGAAUCUGCAAUGUGUUGGGGCGUGGCCACCCAGGUCUAGGAAAUAACGUUGAGUUUUGCGAGAAAGGUUGUUGUAUGGACAUGGCCAGCUGAUUGGAUUGCUUUGCAGGUUUGGAGUUGAACUUCUUGAAUGUCGAAACUACUGGUUGAGGGGUUGGAUUUGUACUGUAUGCUAGAGGAGGGCUACUGGGGGCUGUCGAAUGCUCCCGGCAUUUGAAUAACCCUCAGUGUUUCGGCUUUCGAAAUGGUGAAUGUGUUGUCGAGUGUGAUGAUGUGAUCUUAUCAUGGAUGGGUUAUAUUACCCAACUCUUCCUCUUUCCAAAGAGUCCCUUGUUUUGCUCAUGUUGUGUUCAUGGGUUGGCAGCGGUAUUCGGCAUUGGACAUGGUUUUGACUACUAAGAGAAAUGAUAUAUGCACGCAGCACCGUUCAGUUAAUGAAUAGUAUGUCUUAGGUGGCACCAGGCAUGUAAUACCAGAAUAGCCAUCGGAUCAUUGAACCACGAGUACGUUUGCCAGCUAUUUUUUUCAGAGUAGCGGCUCGCAUGCUGCUGCAAUUUUUGGGGGCUCUGCCCCCAGAGCAAUGUGGCUGGUGGCACUAGUGAAAAGGAGGCCUGCGCUCCAUUCUCUUUUGGUGCACAGGGCAUUUCCAGCCCAGGAGAAAAGUAUUGGUGGUUUUGAGUAGUAUUUUUUUCUUAGAUCAGUCCAAAUCAUAGGUAGUAUGGUCAGACGUCUGCAUCGGUCUGGCGUCCAGGUUGGGCAUAACCAUGGUUGUGCCCUAGUUUUGAGCACUUCGUCUGUAUGGUAGGGGCAACGUCACAGGAAUGUCAGCCUAAUGGUACUGUGUUGUUGAACUAUGCUGCUGAAAAGAAAUAGAAAAAAAAAAGUAUUUUGAUUCUUUCCGUCUCUUGGUGGCACGAGUAUGAUCACUGGACGGUGGCCACACCUGCUCUGUUUCCUCUUAAUUGCCCCCAACCUCCCUCGUCCGCUUCUUCCCCUGUUCCCAUCUUGUCAAUCGCAUUGUUGUCGUUCUGCGCGUACUACCUGCUCUGUUUCCUCUUAAUUGCCCCCAACCUCGUCCGCUUCUUCCCCUGUUCCCAUCUUGUCAAUCACAUUGUUGUCGUUCUGUGCGUACUUUGUUACGAGUUCUUCGGUCCACCCCUACAUUUCAUCUCCUUUUCGCCCUCUCAUUCACCCCUCUUUACAACCUUUUGCAUGUGACACCAACCUCAUUAGUGUCUAUGGCAGUAUGACAAGGCCGAGUGACAGCGAUAUCUCCUAAACACAGUUCGAGUAGAAGGGUUCCUUGCGUCGUUAAAUGACCAGUACAUGGCAGCCAUCGCCUGCGGACCGCUUUCUGAGGAUGCACGCCAUCGAGUUAUUCUAUAGACGGGAAGCAAGCCUCCGAAUUUCUAGGAGAGACUCGAUUGGACUUCCAACUUAUCUGUGACCAUGUGCUGGUGCUUUAAGGGGGAAACUCGGUACAGCCGGAAAUGUCUGUGAAGUUACGAUGAACAUAUUUGCAACUGUCGUGCCGGGAAAAUGGGUCAGCAUUCUUCACAACAUUCAUAACUGGGGUGCGAGGAAGAGUUGAAAGAAAAAGCGUCGGUGGGGUGUGAUUUACGGAAUCGGAGGGAAGAGUACAGGUGCAGGGAAGUCCAUUGUGUUAAUAUUUUGGUAUUCGACUUGUUUGGACUUGUUUGGAAGUUAACCGAUUUGUCUGUCUAAUAUCUGACCACAGCAAAGGUGUCACUGUCACUAAUAUGAUAAAAUUCUUUUGGCUGU